ACAACACACAGGGAACAUGAAGUCCUUAGUGAAUGUGUGAUACUACGCCUUUUCAAGCUUUAACCGUUUACUGCCAUCUGCAACAGACAGCCAACGGUCGGUCGGGCCUCUCGGUCGAUAACAAAUCCUGCACGAGGCUAAUCUGGCAACAAAGCUAACGACGUGCGAAUGCUGUUAGCUAGCCAAUGUAUCUUUAUCAUUUUUAUGCCGUGUUUUUAAUCUUUUAAUAGACGGACAAGGCGCACUUCAAUGAUACUGACAAAACGAAAAGCGGUUGAAACUUUACCAGGAUGCUGUUAGUCAUGGCAUCACCAAAAGAAGACUGUUCGCGUACCUAAAGUGUUAGCCAUGUUAGCUGCUGUAGCCUCUGACAGUUAAAGUGGCUAACGUUAGCAAGACUGUCAGCCGAUGAACCUGUCGAGUCAGCAGUUCCUUUUCGACGGAGCAGAGCAGAAAGCCCGUGCCAAGCAUCAGCCUUGUGAGCAGAGACUGCCCUUUACCUGUGUGAGCCAUGGCCCAAUUUGGGGGACAAAAGAAUCCGCCGUGGGCAACUCAGUUUGCAACCACAGCGGUGUCCCAGCCAGGCCACUCAGGACAGUCUCUUGACCUCAACAGUCUGCACUCUCUUGGUGUGCAGCAGCCAUCGCUUCUGGGCGCAUCUCCCUCAGUUUACUCUCAGCAGUCUGCUUUGGCUGCAGUCUCUCUCAGUAACCAGUCUGCUGCAAACUAUCAGCUGUCUCAGCAAACUGCUGCUUUGCAACAGCAGGCUGCAGCAGCAGCUGCUGCAGCAUUACAGCAGUCGCAGAUCAAUACUGCUCUCCAGCAAUAUCAGCAACAGCAGCAACAACAACAGCAGCAACAGCAACAACAGCAACAGCAGCAGCCUCCCCAGCAACCCCCUCAACAACAACUGUACAAUGUACCUCAUCAGCUCCCACAGCCUCAGCAGGCUCUGAUUUCUCAGCCCCCAGUUGCCUUGCCCACCAGCUUAAGCCUGUCCAACCCCCAGCAAACAGCCCAGAUUACUGUAUCCUAUCCAACACCACGUUCAAGCCACCAACAGCAGACGCAGCCACAGAAGCAGCGGGUUUUCACUGGAGUCGUCAACAAGCUACAUGACACAUUUGGCUUUGUAGAUGAAGAUGUCUUCUUUCAGCUAAGUGCUGUGAAGGGGAAGACUCCCCAGGUGGGUGACAGGGUCCUAGUGGAAGCUGUGUACAACCCCAACAUGCCCUUCAAGUGGAACGCCCAGCGCAUCCAGACCUUACCUCAGCUAGCAAAUCAGUCGCAUCAGCAGCAGCCUCAGCCUUUACCUCAAGCUUCCCCACAGCUGGGCAGCCUUUACAGUGAACCAGGGAUGCAGCUGCGCUACUCAGACAUGCACUCUACUGCGGACAACAGACAAAAUAGCCAGCCACAACCUCCUAGUAUAAUGAAGACAGCACCCACCAUGUUGCAGUCGCUACCUCCCCCAAAUACAUUCAGUGUUCCGGCCCAGGCUCCUCCUCCAUCUCUGCUGCAGGCCCAGCUGUCUGCUGCCUCUCUAGCCCCUCUCCUCCAAAACCCUCCUCAGCCUCUGUUGCCACAGCCUCCCCCUAAAGAUGUCUUUCCUGGAGGUCUGCUUCAGCCUCCAGUAAGAAUGAUGCCCCAGCCACAGCCAGUCCGACGAAUCGAGCCUCCACCUCGGUUCCCAAGUCGCAAUGAUCGAGGCCCUGAGCUCAUCCUGAGGACUAAAGAGGAACGCAGCCGAGACCGAGAUCGUGAGCGCAGACGGUCACGUGAACGCUCACCCACACGGAAGCGUUCCAGAGAACGUUCUCCGAGACGCGAACGCUCACCUCGACGGCCCCGCAGGGUGGUUCCUCGCUAUACUGUACAGUUUUCAAAAUUCAGCUUAGAUGGUUCCAGUUGUGACAUGAUGGAGCUGAGAAGACGCUAUCAGAGCCUCUACAUUCCCAGUGACUUUUUUGAUGCCGUCUUCACAUGGGUGGAUGCCUUCCCAAUGACAAGACCUUUCCAGUUUAGUAAUGCCUGUAACUUCCACAUCUUGCACAAAGAGGUGGAUCCUUUUGUCAAGAAUACAGCUGUGCUGGACCCUCCAGAUGCUAACCACACCUACAGUGCAAAGGUGAUGCUACUGGCUAACCCCAGUAUAGAGGAGCUCUAUCACAAGUCCUGUGCCCUGGCAGAGGACUCCCAAGAAGUCAAAGACUCCUUCCAACAUCCUGCUAGGCUCAUUAAGUUUUUGGUGGGAAUGAGAGGUAAAGAUGAGGCCAUGGCCAUUGGUGGUCACUGGUCUCCCUCUCUGGAUGGAGCUGACCCAGAGAAGGAUCCUUCUGUCCUAAUAAAGACAGCCAUACGCUGUUGCAAGGCACUCACAGGCAUUGACCUUAGUCUGUGCACUCAGUGGUAUCGUUUUGCAGAGAUUCGCUAUCAUCGGCCGGAGGAGACACACAAGGGGCGGACAGUCCCUGCUCAUGUGGAGACAGUGGUUUUGUUUCUUCCGGAUGUUUGGCAUUGUCUUCCUACCCGCUCAGAGUGGGAGGUGCUGUCACGGCGACUCCGGGAGCAGCUGGCUGAGAAGCUGUCGGCCGAGCGAAAGGAGGCGGAUGGAGAACAGGAGGAAGAGGAGAAGGAUGACGACGAAUCAAAGGACGUUAGCACUCCCACUCACUGGGCUAAACUUGACCCAAAAUCAAUGAAGGUAAAUGACCUGCGCAAAGAGCUUGAUUGUCGCUCUCUAAGCUCUAAGGGGUUAAAAUCACAGCUGAUUGCACGCCUUACCAAACAGCUGAAGGUGGAGGAGCAGGUGGAGGAGUCCAAGGAGCCAGAGAAACCAGAGACCAAAGUAGCGGAGGAGGAGGAACCAUGUCGUGCAGAGGAAGACAGAGAGGAGGAGGAAAGGAAAAGACAGGAGGAGCUUGAACGCCAGAGGAGGGAAAGGCGCUACAUCCUCCCUGAUGAGCCUACCAUUCUUGUUCAUCCCAACUGGGCAGCAAAAAAUGGCAAAUUUGACUGCAGUGUUAUGUCUCUGAGUGUGCUGCUGGAUUACAGACUGGAAGACAACAAGGAGCACUCAUUUGAGGUUUCUCUUUUUGCUGAGCUUUUUAAUGAGAUGCUCCAGAGAGACUUUGGCUAUCGCAUAUACAAAGCCCUUGCUGCUUUUCCUUCUAAAGAUGAGAAGAAGGAAAAGGAGAAGAAAGCCAAAAAGGAGGCUGAAAAGAAGGAGGCUGAAAAGCGAGAAAUAAAGAAGGAAAGAGAAGAUGAGAGUGAAGAACCAGCUGUAAAGAAAACCAAAGAGGACGAGGAAGAGAAGAGGAAGUGUGAUGACAAGACUAUAAAAAAGGAGUUGUCUCGAGAUGAGGAGGAGAACGAAGAUGAUGGCAGCACAGCCAAUGCAGAAGAAUAUGACCCCAUGGAGGCUGAAGAUGCAGAUGAUGAUGAGGAUGAUGACAAAGAUGAUGACGACUCCAAUGACAGAGACAGGAAAGACCGUAAGGAUGAUCGCAAGUCAUCAAAAGAAAGAUCCUCUAAAGACAAGGAAAAGAAGCAGAUGGUCACACACAACAGGGAGCUGCUGAUGGCUUUUGUCUACUUUGACCAGAGCCACUGCGGCUAUUUGCUGGAGAGAGACCUUGAGGAGAUCUUGUACACACUGGGACUCCACCUCUCUCGUGCUCAGAUAAAGAAGCUGUUGAACAAGCCAGUGGUGAGAGAGUCUUGUUAUUAUCGUAAACUGACAGACCGGGGGAAAGAUGAACCUAUUCCUUCCUUUAAUGAAGCCCAAAUAGAAAACAUUACAGGUAACCGAAGCCUUCUUCCAGCUCCAAAAGCUCGUGCUCAGGUAGAAGCAAGCGAGUCGAGUAAUCUAAUCGUGUAUAAUGGAGCCUUGGUCGACAUCGGCAGCAUGCUGCAGAAACUAGAGAAGAGUGAAAAAGCGAGAGAGGAGAUAGAAGAGAAGCUCAUGGUGCAGGAUGCCAAAAUGGAGGAAGAUGCAAAAGUUAAAUCACAACUAGAACAAGCCAACAAAGCUUUGUCCAGAGAGCUAGAAGAGCUGAAGAACAGUCUGAGCCAAACUGAGGAGACCCUGAAGGCUGUGGAGGACCGGAAGACAACCUACCACGACUACCUUAGCAGAACAUCCAGCACCUUGAUGUCUACUGUCAAAGGGUUAAUGGCACUGCUGAAUAAGGAUCAGGAAGUAGAAGAAGAGUCUGCUGAGGAAGUCUGUGGAGAUCACAUACGGACAUCUCAAACAAACGGAGCUGAUGAAUGAAUGAUAAAUACAAAUGAAGCUAAUCUCUUACAGUGAUUAUCUAAAGAAUUGUAAAUAUUCACUGAACAAGCUUAUUUUGGCCUUGUUUUAUUUGGACCUAUUGUUUAAAUUAAAAAUGAAUUAGUUCCCUUGUGUUCACUUGACUGUAGUCUCUGUGUACAAUCGUUUUUUUUUUUGUUUUUUUUUGAAGACUAACUUCUAACAAAGAGGUUGAACUAUGAGGAAGCUAUGAAGCGCUUUUGUUCAUAGUUUAUGGUGAGUUAAGUCCUGUUGCUCACUGUUUGCUGUUGUUUUAGUCGGUUAUGGCCAUUAAAACGCCUUUGUGUAGAUUUAAAUGCCAGUAAUUUAGCCGAUCUUUUUGUUUGAGAUUUUAGUUUUUCUAAUGAGCAAUAACGAUGCUAUUUAUGUGCAAGAGAAUGCAUUAAAACUAUAUUUAAAAAGAAACUAAUUUUGGAUUGAAAAGGGUGGGAAGGGGCUUCAUCAGACAUAAUUUUCUGCAAGUUGUUCCAGUAUAGUUGUUUUCAAAAAAACAAACUUCAUUUGUAUAUUUUCCUGGUUUAUCUGGUUUCCAGUUUGUUUUUCAAACUGAUGGCUAUGCAUGGAUCCUGCCUCUCUUGGACCUUUCUUCUGUCUGCAUCUCCUGACUGUAUCCACCGACUGCUGCACCGCUAUUGACAGUUUCUAUGUUUACUGUGACGAGCAGCCGUCUUGUUUUCUGAUGAAGAAAACCACACAUGAACCAAAAGAUAAGCUCAAUGAAUGUGUGUUCUGCUGAAGGAACUUCUGCUGCAAAGACAUGAACAUUUUCAAAUCCAUCUCUGAACUGUGUGCAUUUGUUUGGGUUGUUGUAGAUGAGAGGCACAAUUACAUUCAAGUGUGCUCCAAAGCAGGCAAUUUUAUUUUUCUAUUGGAAAUGUACUCUAUGGAUGUCUUGUGCUAGAGUAAAGUGGUCCAUUUUAA